CGGUGACAGGCGGCAACACCGAAGCGUCGCCUCGCCUUUUCCGAGCCAAUCUGCGCUACGGACCUCAACGCUGAAGCCGUCAAGGUGGUGAGCAGCUCCCUUCAAGGCUUCCAGCGCAGAAAACUGCUGCUUGGCGAGGCCCCACUGGGACCCACAGCUCGCCGCCGCCUGGAUCCAGGGAUCGCCUCACCUCGCUGGCCUGUGAGAGCAGACCUCGCCCCCUCCUACCUCCAGCUUCUGUCCAACUUGACGCUGAAGACGACGGCAACGAUGUGACUGCUGGACUCUGUCAGAACCAUGUGACCUGCUAUUAUGGAUCUGAGAAUCAGCAUACAUUGAAUCAACACUCAUCAAGGCGUGUAAAUCUCUGGAUCAGAAGUGAUUGAAAGACCUACUGGCGCCUUGGAAGAAUAAACUUCACAAUGGUCCCACUUCUGUUUUUGGUGGCAACCACAACAACAUCCAAUUCCAGCGGCAAUGGCAACCAUACACAAGAAGACGUUACGUCCCCCAGCAACCACAUCCUCCCCACCGUGCUGGUCCUGUCCCUGCUGCUGCUCAUCAUCGCACUGCUAGCCUGGUACUUCCUCAGGUUAAAAAACCAGAGAAAAGCAGUCGUCACGGCAGUCGACAAAAAGAUACCAAAUGGCAUCCUGGAGGAACAAGAGCAACAGACGGUGGUCCUUCUGCCCAGAUCCCCUUCGGCCUCUAAGACCUACUUCCCCAUCCCAGUGGACCACCUCGAGGAGGAAUACAGGCUCCGCUCAGCAGACGAUGGCAAGCUCUUCAGGGAGGAGUACAAUUCCUUGCCAGGGGGUAAUGCCCACGGGACGUACGAGGAGGCCAACAAGGACGACAACAAGGAGAAGAACAGAUACCCCAACAUCCUUCCCUAUGAUCAUUCCAGAGUGGUGUUGACUCAGCUGGAUGGAAAUCCCUCUUCAGACUAUGUGAAUGCUUCUUACAUUGAUGGUUUCACGGAAAAGAACAAAUUCAUUGCAGCACAGGGUCCAAAGGAAGACACGGCAGCAGAUUUCUGGAGGAUGAUAUGGGAGCAGAAAGUAGCGACUGUUGUCAUGCUGACAAAUCUGAAAGAAAGGAAAGAAGACAAGUGUUAUCAGUACUGGCCAGAUCAGGGCUGCUGGACCUAUGGGAAUGUGAGGGUGGCAGUAGAAGACUUCACCGUCCUCGUGGACUACACCAUACGCAAGUUCUGCAUACAAUAUCAAGCCAGCGAUGCUGCUAAGACUCCCAGGCUGGUCACCCAGCUGCACUUCACCAGCUGGCCCGACUUUGGAGUUCCUUUCUCCCCCAUCGGCAUGCUCAAAUUCCUCAAAAAGGUCAAGGUGGUCAAUCCGCCCUUCUCUGGGCCUAUUGUGGUCCACUGCAGCGCUGGGGUUGGGAGGACGGGAACCUUCAUCGUAAUAGAUGCCAUGAUCGACAUGAUGCACGCGGAGCAGAAAGUUGAUGUGUUUGGUUUUGUCUCUAAGAUACGAGAGCAGCGCUCACAGCUCAUUCAGACAGAUAUGCAGUACUCAUUCAUCUACCAGGCCCUGCUUGAAUACUACCUCUAUGGAGACACGGAGCUGGACGUGUCGUCUCUGGAAGGACAUCUGCACAAACUGCACAACACCUUUGCAAACGGUGACCGGGUUGGCCUAGAGGAGGAGUUUAAGAAACUGACAAACAUGCGGAUAAUGAAGGAGAACAUGAGAACGGGGAACCUUCCUGCCAACAUGAAAAAGAACAGAGUUCUGCAAAUUAUUCCAUAUGACUUCAACAGAGUGAUUCUGUCCAUGAGACGAGGUCAGGAGUUUACGGAUUACAUCAAUGCAUCUUUCAUAGACGGCUACAGACAGAAGGACUAUUUCAUUGCCACCCAGGGCCCUCUUCCACACACAGUGGAGGAUUUCUGGAGAAUGGUGUGGGAAUGGAAGUGCCACUCCAUUGUCAUGCUCACUGAGCUCCAGGAGAGGGAGCAGGACAAAUGUUGCCAGUAUUGGCCCACAGAGGACUCAGUCACCUACGGAGAUUACACAGUAGAGCUGAAGGGAGACACUUUGUGUGACACCUUCAGUCUAAGAGACUUGGUACUCACCUUUGUUCCGGAGAAGCAGACAAGGGUGAUCAGGCACUUCCACUUCCACGGCUGGCCGGAGGUCGGCAUCCCGGCCGAGGGGAAAGGCAUGAUCGACAUCAUCGCCUCAGUGCAGAGACAGCAGCAGCAGUCUGGGAACCAUCCCAUCGUCGUACACUGCAGUGCUGGUGCAGGGCGAACAGGUACGUUCAUUGCACUGAGCAAUAUUUUGGAGCGAGUCAAGGCAGAAGGCCUGCUGGACGUGUUCCAAACUGUGAAGAGUUUACGCAUGCAGAGGCCUCAUAUGGUCCAGACUGUGGAACAAUAUGACUUCUGCUACAGGGUGGUACAAGACUUUGUCGACAUUUUCUCAGACUAUGCCAAUUUUAAAUGACGAGAUUUGCCUUAAACAUGGUUUUUAAUGUUGUUUUCUAAAGCUGGUUUGUCAGUUCUGUGUUUCUUUAACUUGGUCAAAUGAUCUAUUUUGCUAUGCACUUGUCCUACCAUUAACUGAAACUCCAUCCUCGCUGUAAUAUACUGUAUGUCAGUGGAUGAAAAUUGUAAAUGGAAAAGUUAGAUUAAUAAUGUAUAUUUCACAUUAUGUAUGAUAAUUAUUUUGUCAUGAAGUGUUGUUUCAAACCUGGUCUCUUAUUUCAGUUUUGUUGUAUAAUAAUGUACUUUAAAUGUUUAUCUAAGUGUUAUUAUGGAUUGACCACGUAAUAUUUUUAAAAGUUGUAGUUAUUGUAAAUGUAUUUAUGUAUUGACAAUGACAUUCCUUUCUUGAGUUUGGAGAAGAUGACAGGAAAGUUACAAUUUUUUUUGUAUGUAAGCAUACAGUACAUUCUUUCAUUUAUGGAUGACUCCUGAGAUUAGAAGCGAUAUUACUUUUUGUUGUCCUCAAGCUACAUGCCCAUCACGAAUGUGAUACUCUUUCCAAUGGAAAUAUUUUCAGAAAAAGAAUGAAUCACUUCAGCCAUAAUGCAGAGAACAUAAAGUUAUGCAACAGAAGCCGGGGUUGCUUUCCAAAACAGAUUCAGGCAGAAGUUUAACAGUUAGAUGUAUCAAAGAGUCAUAAAAGACCAUUAAAAUGGUUUUGUACCUCAAAAAAGUGGUAUGCAACUGCAUUUAACAUGGAUGUAACAUUACUACAGUCUGCCUUUUGUCUGUAGACAGCGAAAAGUAUUUUGCUAAAAUGACUGCACAUUAAAAAGCACAUAACUACGCCUUUUGCCAAGAACCUGCAAUAUUCAAGAGUAUGUUUAUUGCUUUAUUUAUAAUCUAGAUUAGAGAUUUUUAACAAAUCGGUGCCAUAUGUACAUUUUUAAGACCUGGAAAAGUAGAAUAACCCUGAGUUGAAGGCCAAGCAUUGAAAGGUAAGUGUGGUUGUUAAAUGCAUGCAGAAGUCAAUACAACCUGUGUCAGGUGCACAAAUCACACAGGAGAGGAUACAAAGUGUUAUAUUAGAUGAGUCCUGUAAGAGCAAAAACCACAAUCCACAAAUGUGGUGCUUCAGUGCCUGCUUAAUACCAGAACAACAACAAAACCACCACAUACUAUCAACAUUCCGUUACUCUGUAUGUUUUAGAAAAUGUGGGUUUGUUUUUAUCUAGCGGUAGUUUCAUUCACAAGAAAGUAUCUGAAUGUAAAAAUGCUGUUUCGUGCACACACACCCCCCAAAAUCCAUCUGGUACUCUGACAUUAAACCAAACACUUGCAAUGAUCUGACCCAGCUCUGCUUUAAACCUCAAUGAGAUGUGCAGUUUUGGUGACGCUGUAUAUAAAUACUACAUGACAAAAUGCUAACAAUGUAAAAGUGGCUGAGCAGCAAGGAACUGUCAAGUGACUGGUUAUAUUUUGUGUGCUAUGUGUGUGAGAUGUGCGGUGCAGCAGAAGAAGAGACAAAACAACCAGAGUCUAUUUUCCCAUGGCUUCUUUUCAGUCUACGGCACCCUUGUAAGAAUAUUGAGAAGGCUCUGUUUAGACUACAGCUCUUUGCCUUUGCUCUUUCUCUCUGUGGGUGGUCUAUCCCUCUUUGGAUUCUCAAUGUCUUUGAAAUGCAAGUUGCAAUAUUAAAUUCAUCUAAAAAUGCUUUGGGGGUCAGUGAAAGUU